GACCCCAUCUAAAAUCAUCUAAACAUCUAUUUUAGACAACUUGCGGUUUAUGCCGUGCCACCAUGUGCCACCCAAUCUCAAAGCACUGUGACAUGCCUGUAAACCCUGGAAGUCCAAAUGACUCUUCUUGCCUGAACAAUACGAGUUCGUGGAAAGUUCUGGGACAACCAUCAAAGGAGCUGGUCAUGGCACGUCAUAGCCGACCGCACCGGGGCCGGGUCCCGAGGAUCUUGAGUGACUUCAUUGGACGGAAGAAGGUGCUCUUUAUAGCCCUCAUGGGUGGCGCAGCAGGCUCCGCCUUGCAGGGUGUGGCCAUUGCGUACACUUGGCCCUUUUGGGCCUUCCUGACGGUCCGUGGCGUCGCGGGCAUGUUCAGCGGGAUCGUGCCCACGGUGAAGGCCUACAUCGUGGACACCUUUCGUAGCGAGGACGUCCCGAAGGUCUUAGCCUAUCGGGAAGCCGCAGGCACCGGCGCGUUCAUCCUGGGCCCGGCGCUCGGCGGCUUCCUGGCCGCGCGGUUCCUGUCGGCGCCGAUGUUCUUCUCGGCGCUGGCAAGCAGCGGCGCGGCGCUGCUGUGCCUCCACGUGCUACCGGAGCCCAGGACUCCACCCAUUGCCAAGGCCAAGAGCCAAACAGCAGGAGAAAGCCGAUGGCAACCUUGGCGCGCAGUGCCAUUGUUCUUCCUGUCCUUCAUUUGGGCGUGUUCCAGGACUUGCUUCCAUUCCUAUUUCCCUCUCUUGCUCGCCCGACGCUUCGCUUUGCCCUUGGCGCGGCUCGGUGCGGUCUUGACGGCUAUCUCCUUCUUGGUGGCCAUGGUUCAGAUUGGUGUUUUUGAGCGUUGUCGCCGGAGAUACGGCCUAGAGAAGACCGUGCUUUUGGGCUACUUGUUGGUCGUCAUCGGCCUCGGAAGCCUAGUGACGUGGCCUGACAGCAGCUCCCUGCCACAGAUCUUUGCCUCUGCCGCCGUGUACGGCGCAGGCUCCGCGCUCGUGUCCCCCGCGCUGCCGGCGCUGCUGGUGCGCUUCGCCCCGAAGGGGCGCACCGGUGCGAUCCUGGGCAUCGACUCGGCGAUCGUGAACUUCGGCCGGAUCGUGGCGCCCUCCCUGUUCGGCGUGUUCCUCUUCAGCGACUACGCCAAGCUUUGCUUGGGUCCUGCACGGGUGGCGACCGCUGCAGGUCUCGUGGCCUUCGUCCUGGCCGCGAAGGAGGGACGGGCCGCGGAGGGGGCGGAUGGGACGAAGCGCAGUGGGUGAGGCGAGAAAUCAUGGGAAGCUUGACGGGCUUGGCUUCAGGGAAGUGAUAGUUAC